GAUUGCAGACCCGCGCACCAUGAGGGCUCUGGCGCUGCUGCUGGCUCUGCCCCUCCUGGGGGCCCGGGCCCAGCACGGUUCCCUGUGGACCUACUCAGAGGGGGCACUAGACCAAGUGCACUGGCCAAGGGAGUACCCCACCUGCGGGGGGACGAGACAGUCACCCAUCGACCUGCAGAGGAGGAAGGUUCAGUACAACCCCUCCCUGAAGGCUCUGAAGCUGACCGGCUACAGGAUCCAGGUGGGCGAGUUCCCCAUGAUCAACAACGGCCACACAGUGCAGAUCAGCCUGCCCCCGACCAUGCGCAUGACGGCCUCUGAUGGCACCGAGUACAUAGCUCAACAGAUGCACUUCCACUGGGGUGGCGCGUCCUCAGAGAUCAGCGGCUCGGAGCAUACCAUCGAUGGGAUCAGAUUUGUGGCUGAGAUUCACAUCGUUCACUACAAUUCUAAAUACAAGAGCUACGAUAUAGCCCAACAUGAACCGGAUGGUUUGGCUGUGCUGGCAGCCCUUGUUAAGGUCGAGGAUUAUGGUGAGAACACUUACUAUAGCAACUUCAUUUCUCACUUGAACAACAUCAGGUAUCCAGGACAAAGCACAGCUCUGAGUGGCCUUGACAUUGAAGACAUGCUGCCUGAGAACACCCACCACUACUAUACCUACCGUGGGUCGCUCACUACUCCUCCCUGUACUGAGAACGUCCAUUGGUUUGUGCUGGUACAUCAUGUCCGGCUCUCCAGCAUACAGACUUGGAAGCUUGAGAAUUCCAUAUUGGAUCACCAGAAUAAGACCCUCCACAGUGACUACCGCAGGAUCCAGCCCCUGAAUGGCAGAGUGGUGGAAACCAACUUUGUGAAUCUCCCUAGUCAGGGUUCUGAGUUCCAGUUUUACGUAAAUAAGCUCAACAAUAAGCUUGAAUACUUGAGAAGACUUCUCGAAAAGACGAAAGUGGAAAAAAAACCGCACAUACACCAAGCUUGAAGGGAGAGAUGUGUAGGAGGAAGAGGUGGCCCUCCCCCAGCUCUGAGAAAUCCUACGUCGGGAUCUCAGCCUUCCCCUAGGCUCCUGUUUAGUUUCUGAUUAAGACCAUCAUCCGUGAGCAGACGUGAGAUGGUUUAAGGGUAUGAGAAGGGGUUUGUGAGACGACAAUAAUGGGAAUUGAUUGGAAUAGAAAUUUAAAGGAAAUGGAGCCCUGCCUACCUUCCUAUCGAAUCAUGCAUGUUCAUCUAUGUAAAUUAAAAGCAGCCCAGACUGUGGGAUUUGGGUGUAAUAAAAUAUCUUUGGGAAUUUUUCAUUGGAAAA